CUUCCGCCCCCUCGUUUUUUGUGCUUUUUCUUUAGACCUGCACGAACAAAAAAGCUUUGCCUGCAGUUUCAAUUAAACGAGAGAACACAAAAGAGAAACCGGCAUUGUUUUGUAAAGGCUGCGGAUUAUUUCCCAUCGCCAUUUUCAGAGCUCAGACACCGGCACGAUGGACACCGACUACUCCGCCUUCGAAAACCCUCUAUACAGUGAAUUUAAAUAUUUCUGUAAGAAGAUACAAGAGGUCUAUAACGAAUUAAAGGAAGACCUGACACCUUACCGCGACGAUCGUUUUUACAGGCUAGCCCCCAUGCGGCUCUACACACUCUCCAAAAGACACUUUGUUUUGGUCUUUGUGGUGUUCUUGAUCUGUUUUGGCCUCACUGUCUUCAUUGGUAUAGCAGGUCCUAAAAUCCUUGCGGAGACUAAAUACAGUGGAGAUGAACUGCUGGACAAAAAUCAAUCCAUAAAGACUGGUCCCUUCAUCCUGCAGUCCCCGCCCCUUUCCACCUAUAACCAACAGCUAUGGCUCACCUGUAUAAUGCAGGUGGAACACAGCACUGUGGUGGACUUCCUGCAGCACUUUGAGAUCAAUGUGGAGCUGAAGGGAGUCAUGCAGGAUGCCAGCGUCAUGCACAUCCGCAGCAACGUGCACCAGAAAUCCCGAAUGCUGCACUGUGGCGCUAAGUGUGAUGAGAUCAUCGUGGUGCACCUGGGCUAUCUGAAUUACACACAGUACCAGAUCAAUGUCAGCUUCAAAGGCCUGGAGAACAUCACCUACGAAGUCAAGGUCAACUUCAUGUGGAAGAUGUAUAAUCCCUCGUUCUCUCAAGUGGAGAUCUGGUUCCGGUUUGUCUUUGUGGUUUUGACCUUCAUGGUGACGUGCAUGUUUGCUCACUCUCUGAGGAAGUUUUCCAUGAGAGAUUGGGGCAUUGAGCAGAAGUGGAUGUCCAUCCUGCUGCCUCUACUACUGCUGUAUAACGAUCCAUUUUUCCCACUGUCGUUCCUGGUUAACAGCUGGUUUCCGAGGACUCUGGAUGCAUUCUUCCAGGCCCUCUUCCUGUGUUCCCUGCUGCUCUUCUGGCUCUGUGUCUACCACGGCAUCCGGGUUCAGGGAGAGAGGAAGUGUCUGACGUUCUAUCUUCCUAAACUGGUCAUUGUCGGCCUCCUGUGGCUCUCAGCAGUUACCUUGGGGAUAUGGCAAACGGUCAAUGAGCUACAGGACCCCACCUACCAGUACAAAGUGGACAUCGCUAACUUCCAGGGCAUGAAGAUUUUCUUCCUGGUGGUGGUGACCCUGUACGUCCUGUAUCUCAUCUUCCUCAUCGUCAGAGCUUGUUCUGAGCUCAAGAACAUGCCCUAUACCGAUCUCCGGCUGAAGUUUCUGACUGCGCUGACGUUUGUGGUCCUGGUAAUAAGCAUGGCGAUACUCUAUCUUAGGUUUGGUGCCAAGGCUUUGCAAGACAACUUUGUGGCUGAGUUGUCAACCCAUUACCAGAACUCAGCUGAAUUUUUAUCUUUCUAUGGAUUACUCAACUUUUACUUGUACACAUUAGCAUUUGUGUAUUCCCCCUCAAAAGACGCCAUUUAUGACUCCCAGUUGAAGGAUAAUCCUGCAUUCUCCAUGCUCAAUGACUCAGAUGAUGAAGUCAUAUACGGGAGCGAUUACGAGGAGAUGCCUUUGCAAAAUGGCCGUGCCAUCAAAGCAACAGCCAAGUACCAGAAUGAGAGCGACAGCGACUGAUCCAUUCCUGAUUGGUGCGUCAUUCACUCCCCUGUUGUCCUGAUUGAAUCCUUGAGGGGAUUCUAUUAAACUGGCCCGGUUUGCACCUGGCAGUGCCCAUCACGUGACCGGGUGAAGACUGUGAGGGAGGUGAACCCUUCUCAAAAUGAAUAACUUAUCAAAAAAAUAACAUUUUAAACUAGUUUUCAUUGGGAAGGCAGAUAGAUUUUUAAUCAGUCACUUUUGCUUGUGAACACAGAAUCCUACUCAUCACUCCACGUGCUUAACCUACGUCACUUUUUUUUGUUUUGAGCUGACUUUGCUGUCGGCCAGAACGGCGCACCCGGCUCAUGCCCGGGAAGCACCCCGGUCACAAAACGAUUGCAAUCACUUUUCACCCGGUGCAAACUACGCCUGCCUGGGCUAGCCUAAUCGAAUCCCCUCAUUGGACAGCAUAUUCAACGAAUGAACCACCAUUUGUAAAUAAGGAACGUUUGCAGAAAUAAUGCAAAUGGUAAUAUACUGUAACUGUUAGGGUUGUGAAGGUCAUUGAAUUUUGAAUGAUGGUAAUUGGCCAGCCAAAUGACCGCGGUCUCUGUAAUAACUGUUUUUGUUUUUACACACAUUUUUCUCCUCCUUCGCUCCUGACUGCAUGUGCUGCCAUAGAAAUGUAAUUACUUAUUUUUCUGAUGCAUUGUGGGGGAGUUUGCUAGUUUCUUAUUUCAGCAAGGAGCGAAAAGGUUUCAUCACGUUAAGAGUACAUGUUACCGCAGAAACGGACUCAAAUGCACGAAUGCCCGGCCGUCCCGUCUUGGCGGUCUUCAUCCACAACCGUUGGUUACGCGGUUAUACGGUAAUUGUGCCAGCCCUAGUAACUGUACAUAAAUAUAUUUUUUAACUGAAAAAUUGUGUAUUCUGAAUGUAAAUUCAAAGAAAGGAAAGGUGUGCAGGUAUGGUCAAAUGUUUUAUAGCAUUUUAGUCAUCAAGUAGCCACAUAAACAAACGUUCUGUACACUAUCUUUUGGUUAUCAUGAGCCGCAUAUCAUAAUUCUUGGAUAUAUAAAUUAACUUUGAAGGAAAGCGUGACAAAUUUGAUCAUGGGAUUUAUUAUUUAUACAAAAAUCACAAUGUAACUAGUGUUAAACCACUACUGUCUCUUUUGUGCUUGAAAUGUGUUGUUUUUAAGCCAUUCCUACUAAGCUCUCUGGCAUUCUGAGUUUGAGGGGGGGGGUGGUGUAAUUCUGCAAAAAACAUACCAUGCUGCCACUGUUUUUAUCCAAGACCUUUAUCUCAAAUGGUUGUAAAACCAGUUUAGAACAGCAAUUCACUGUUUUAUGCUUGUCAUAUACUCUGUUAAUAGCCAGAGUAUAAGCAUGCAUAUCCAUCAAUCUAAUACCCAUAGAAGUGAAGUUUUCUGAAUAUUUACCGGACUACCACCAUGCGUUACAAUAACCAGCAGGAAGAACCUUAACUUGAGUAGGUGUAGCAGUUGACCCACUCUUUUGCCAAUCCAUUCCUAAGUGAAGCCACUGUAUGAUUGUACUCCUGGUGUCCAAAUCGUAUGUCAUUUUUGCCCCCAAAAAUUAUGGCCCCAUUUGUUUAAUAGCUAUGGAAAAUGUUUUCAGUUCACAUUCCCGAAGCAAUAGUCUAGACUUAAGAUAUGGAUGAUUCCUGAAGUUCAUUCAAACACUUCUAAUGCUUAAUCAUUUGAUUGUGAUGUCUUGUGAAAUGUGUAUUGUGAAAUAUUAAAGCAGUGGUGUCAAACUCAUUCCGUGGAGGGCCUAGUGUCUGCAGGUUUUUGGUUUUUCCUUGCAAUUAAGACCUAGACAACCAUGUGUGGGGAGUUCCUUACUAAUUAGUGACCUUAAUUCAUCAAUCAAGGGAGGAAAGAAAACCCACAGCCACUCGGCCCUCCCUGGAAUGAGUUUGACAUCUCUGUGUUAAAGGAAUACUCAAGUAGCAUAUUUGUCAUAUGGCCCUUCCAUCGUUCAAUUUAGCUUGCCUUUCAUAGCUUUUAUUUUUUGUUUACUUCAAAGGUACUUGGGCUAUAUGUAAAUUUCAUUUGUACAAAUUAACCAAAUAAUAACAUUCUGGAUUAUUGUUUUGUACCUUUUUUUUUUUUUCUGUACUCAAUAACCUGAUGCAGGAUUUUAUGGAUACAGGCUCCAGGAGGCAAGUUAGUUUUCAUCACUAACCAUUGGUAAUUUUCUGUCUGAACCAAAUGAAUGAAAUGUUUGUGUUGAAGGAAAGCGUUACCACUGAUCCUCCAAACAUGUAUUCUAAUAAAGAUGGUGCCUUGUUUCCACUUUGUACCAGGGUCAGGAGUUUCCUCCAAACUUGGACUGCAGUCUGAAAUCUUUUUGUUUGUGAUGGAGCAUCUACUUUAUAUAUAUAUAUACUUGUGGCUUAUAGGGAGAUGAUUGUGGUGGUUAUUUUGAGGUUUGAGUAAGAACCAUGAUUUUCUUUAUGGUAGACUCUUUUGACUAAAUUAGAACGGCACUCUGUAAAUACUGUAUCACAUGUAAAUAAAGCACUUGUGUAUACAGCAAAUGUUCAUUAAAACUUGUAAAUUAUACAACA